CUUAUCGGCAUAUCACGUUGGAUCAGCGAUUUUGUGACUGUGGCAUAUCUGACAGAUGUUUAUCUCCUUCCGGCAUACCGUUCGUGUGGUUUGGGAAAAUGGAUGAUGAGUUGUGUUGACGAGACUUUUCGCUCAAUGGAGCAUUUCCGCGGCAUGAUUUUGAUUGUAAAUCAUGGUAGUGGGGAGGAAUCUCUAUACAGAAAGUAUCUCGGCAUGGAAGAUCUGGAAAGUCCAGCGAUCUUGUUGGAUCGCAAAGGUCGUGGAUCGGCGAGAUAA